AUGGUGCGUAGAUCGGCCAGAUUGAGAGAGCAGGAGGCCCAAGAGCCCGUUCCGGAGCCCAAGAAACAAAAGACAGAGGCCAAGAAGCCGGCAGCGGCCAAAUUGAGUGAGGAGAAGAAGCCAGCAGAGAAAUUGGAGACCGACAAGGUGGAGUCGAAAAAAACACUACAAGAGGGGGAUGCGCUUCCUGACGAUCUGGAAUUGGAAAACCAGGACGGCAAAAAAGUGGCCGUUGCGCAGUACGCAAAGGACGCUAAGGUUCUGGUGGUGUUUUUGUAUCCAAAAGCAUCGACGCCAGGAUGUACGCGUCAGGCAAUAGGUUUUAGAGAGAAGGCCGAGGAGCUGAUUGAACUGGGGGCUACUGUGGUGGGGCUUAGCUCGGACUCGCCCAAAGCACAGACUUCUUUCAAAACGAAGCAGCAAUUACCUUACGAUUUGUGGUCUGACCCGUCAAAACAGCUGAUCGAGCUGCUCGGCGCUAAAAAACACCCCAACGGCAUCGUCAGGUCAGACUUUAUUUUCCAGGAUGGGAUUCUGAAGGUCAAACGAGUCGGCAUCUCUCCAGAAAAGAGUUUUAAUGGCGCUAUCGAGCUAGUCAAGGGCCUGAGUGAGUGA